AUGGGGAGGCAUGUGAAAGCCGCGACCAAGGAAGAUGGCAUGACAAAGUGCAAACACCCCAAGCAUUGGAAGGCCCAACAUGGCGAACAUACUAUGAAAGGCUGCUUGAGGUUUUUGAUGCUCAACAUAUUGCAGGUGACAUAUAUUUCCUCUAAAAAGCAACAGAUAAAUCUGAACAACGAUAAUUGGAAAUCAAAAUGUUCUUGUUAUUUGCAAGUCCUAAAAAUAUUGGUCUCUGUUUCCUUCAUAAAUGUGUCCAUUCUGCCAAUCCAUGUGAUGAACAAAGAAUUGAUUCACAUGGGAAUGCGUUUGUUGAAAUACUUUCCAAUUGGGUUGGGGGAUAGGCUCAUGGUUUCUUGUAGCAAGUGGUUGUAUGAAGAUACAAGUCAGUUUUGCACUCAAAGACCCGAGGAAGGCCAAAUUAUACUAAAGAGCAAGACUGGCAGGAGCCCCAUCCUUGAUCCGGGAACCUUUAAGAAAAUAAAAUCUGGGGACAUAAAGGACGAAGAUGGUUUUUUUAGUGAAGAUGGAAUGCCUAGAGCUAAAUAUCCAAACCGUUGGAGAGGGCCAACUGGUCUCUACUACGGUGGAUUCUCAAGGAGGGGACUCUUGGAGUGUCCAAAAAUGCUAAGAAUAUAG